AUGGCGGAGCACCUGAACAAAUUGCUGGUAGGUACCUGCGCAGAUCGCCCGAGACUGACACCUGCGCUAGAAUUCAAGGAGGCCUUUUCGCUGUUUGACAAGGACGGCGAUGGCAGCAUCACUACGAAGGAGCUUGGCACUGUCAUGCGUUCGCUCGGUCAGAACCCGACCGAGGCGGAGCUGCAGGAUAUGGUGAACGAGAUCGAUGCGGACGGUGAUGGCACGAUUGACUUCCCUGAAUUCCUUACGAUGAUGGCUCGCAAGAUGAAGGAUACGGACAGCGAGGAGGAGAUCAAGGAAGCGUUCCGAGUAUUCGACAAGGACGGCAAUGGCUUCAUUAGCGCUGCGGAACUGCGUCAUGUGUAUACUUACAUGGCAGGUGAGAAACUCUCUGACCAGGAGGUGGAAGAAAUGAUUCGCGAGGCUGAUACCGAUGGCGAUGGCCAGAUCAACUACGACGAGUUCGUUCGGCGCCGUGCUUAUGCGCAGUAA